AUGCGAGAAUCACCAGCGCGGCGAGAAAAUACCAGCGAGGAUGUACCUCUUCUCGCGCAACCCGAAGACGACGCAUACUCACGGCCACAGUCACCUCUUCAACCGAAAGCAUGGCAGAACACCCAAACAAUCACGCACAUCUUCAUGCUAGUCAUCCUUCUCAACUCACUAGGCGAUUCACUACUGCAGAGCCCUCAGACGCGCAUACUCGAGUCCGUGGAGUGCUACCUUUACUACGAACAGAGCGACCCGAGCAAGCUACUUCUUGACCGGAGUCAUGUCGGACCGGGUGCUAUUGGAGGUGUCGACGAGAUGUUCUGCAAAGUCGGAGAAGUGCAGUCCAGGCUUGUCACCCUUCGAGGUUGGCAGAUCUUUUUAGACUGCAUACCGAGCCUGCUCUUCGCUAUCCCGCUUGGCUGGGCCGCGGAUAGGUAUGGGAGGAAGCCGUUUGUGCUGGCAGGUCUUGGAGCGCUUAUGCUGAAGUCCGCGUGGAUUCAGCUGGUCACCUGGUUCUGGCAAGUCUUCGACAUCCGCAUGACGUGGGUCUCGGCCCUCUUUGGAUCACUCGGAGGAGGUGGCGCGGUGACCUUAGCCCUCGCCUUUGUCAUGUUCUCGGACAUCACACCUGAAGCGAAGCGGAGCGCCGUCUUCCUGCGCGCAGGUGCCUUUGGUAUUGUGGCCGGUCUGGUAAUGCCACCAUUAGCCGCCUGGCUGAUGCGGUAUAAUCCUUGGAUACCUGCCAUCGCCGGGACAUGCUUGCAAGGGCUUGCGGUGACCUUGUUCUCGCUUACACCAGAAACACUGAACUUUGGAGCACGAGCGUCGUCUAUAGACGCAGCGAGGUCAAGCACCUUUGAGAGCUUCCCCCCGCCGGAACCUGAUGCUCCACUCAGUUUUCAAUCACAAUCAGCAACAACCACUGCCGAUCGCUGCCUCAAACAGUUCCGAACCUCCACAGCAUUCCUCCUCGAAGACUGGCGGGUUCCCGUCCUCAUCGCACCAUUUCUGGGCCACGAUUUCCUUGGCGUCUGCGCGUCCUUGGUGAUACAAUACCUCAGCGCUCGCUACGACAUCACCUUCUCCGACGCCACGCUCGUAGCCAUGAUCUACAGCGCGACGGUGGCGGUUCUCCUCUUCUUCAUCAUCCCAUUCGUCUCCAACACGCUGGUCAACAGGCUACACCUCUCAGUCAUGAAGAAGGACCUCUAUCUUCUGCGAGCGUCUCAAAUCCUUCUGGGAGCUGGGUGGUGCAUGUUCAGCUUCGCGCCUAACCUCGCCUCCGUGGCUUUAUCUCUGGUCCUUGCAUCGCUCGGUCAAGGCGCACCUCUACUGCUGCGGAGCUUCAUUACCUCCCUGCUUCCGAAAGACCAGAUCGCGACAGCGUACAGCUUCAUCUCGAUCGUGGAUACUCUGGGUACGAUGGUAGGGGCACCACUACUCGCUGGACUGUUGAAGCGCGGGUUCUCGCUAGGCGGAGGCUUGGUUGGCCUUCCGUUCCUGGCUACCGGGCUUGUGAUAGGCGGAUUUGCCGUGGUAUUGUUUGCUGUAAGAAUAAAGAAGGGUGAGGAUCGGAAGGAUACUGCUGCAGAAGACGAGCGAUAG